CAAAGCACAUCUCUCCUCUUGGAGAUACAGGGUCGUAAAAUCGGAGGUCUUUCAAACCUGCCUCAGAGAAGAUGUUAAAAUCACUGACAAUAAAAUUUAACAAAGUGAAGCCCAUGGAAGAAAGGACUGAGAAGGAAUCCUGCCCCGACCUGAGCAAUCAGUCUCAGCCAUCGAUAGUACAGAGAGAAAACCAACGUGAAAAAGAAUCUCUGGGGAGCAGAAGGACAUCAGUCACAUUUGAAAAAUCACUCAGCAAAGAAGACAACGGCACUGGGGAAAACUCCCUCAGAGGUUUCACCACAAAUCCUGACCCAGAAUGUCCAGCAGAACUCACCGGAACAAUGUCAGAGAUGGAGAAAGAAAAGCCAGUCAGCUUUAAGACCAAAGUGCUUGAAGCCCCAAUUAUAAAUGAAUAUACUGAUGCCCAUCUACACAACCUAGUGGAAAGAAUGCGUGAAAGGACUGCUUUCUACAAGAAAACAUUGACAGAGGAAGAAAAUGUUCCCGAAUUAGAAACCAGCUCUCAUACUGCAAAGCCUACAGAUGUAUCACCAAAAGAAGAGGACAAUUCUAAGCUAAAAGAACACCACCACGGCACAUUGUCUUGCAAGCUCCAGAGACUACCUGUAAAAGAGUACCUAAGAAGAAUGAGACUUCCUAGAAGCAUAGAUUCCUACACAGAUCGGGUCUAUCUCCUGUGGCUCCUGCUUGUCACCAUUGCCUAUAACUGGAACUGUUGGCUGCUCCCAGUGCGCCUCGUCUUUCCAUGCCAAACACCAGACAACAGGAGCUACUGGAUUAUUACUGACAUCAUAUGUGAUAUCAUCUACCUUGGGGAUAUGUUAUUGAUCCAGCCAAGACUCCAAUUUGUAAGAGGAGGAGAAAUUAUUGUAGAUUCAAAUGAGCUGAAGAGGCACUACAGGAGUUCUACUAAGUUUCAGAUGGAUGUGGCAUCCCUACUGCCAUUUGAAAUUCUCUACAUCUUCUUUGGAGUCAAUCCAAUAUUCAGAACAAAUCGGGUAUUAAAGUACACUUCAUUCUUCGAGUUUAACCAUCACCUGGAGUCUAUAAUGGACAAAGCGUAUGUCUACAGAGUCAUCCGGACAACUGGCUACUUGCUGUUCCUCCUGCACAUAAAUGCCUGUAUUUAUUACUGGGCUUCAGACUAUGAAGGAAUUGGCUCAACCAGAUGGGUCUAUAAUGGUGAAGGCAACAAAUAUCUGCGAUGUUUCUAUUGGGCAGUUCGAACUUUAAUUACUAUUGGGGGCCUUCCAGAGCCACAGACUUCAUUUGAAAUUGUUUUUCAACUUUUGAACUUUUUCUCUGGGGUUUUUGUAUUCUCCAGCUUAAUUGGUCAGAUGCGUGAUGUAAUUGGGGCAGCAACAGCCAAUCAGAACAACUUCCAAGCCUGCAUGGACAAUAUCAUUGCCUACAUGAACAAAUACUCCAUUCCUCAAAGUGUGCAGUUUCGAGUUCGGACUUGGCUGGAAUAUACAUGGAACUCGCAAAGAAUCCUAGAUGAGUCCGACUUGCUUGAGAACCUCCCGACAGUGAUGCAGCUGUCUAUCGCCAUCGACAUAAAUUUUAGUAUCAUCAACAAAGUGGAGUUGUUCAAGGGCUGUGAUACACAGAUGAUUUAUGACCUGCUGCUAAGAUUAAAAUCCAUUAUUUAUUUACCUGGUGACUUUGUCUGCAAAAAGGGAGAAAUUGGAAAAGAAAUGUACAUCAUCAAGCAUGGAGAAGUCCAAGUUCUUGGAGGCCCUGAUGGUACUCAAGUUCUGGUUACUCUGAAAGCUGGGGCAGUGUUUGGAGAAAUAAGCCUUCUAGCAAAAGAAGGGGGAAACCGCCGGACAGCCGAUGUGGUGGCCCACGGGUUUGCCAAUCUUUUAACUCUGGACAAAAAGACUCUCCAAGAAAUUCUGCUGCACUAUCCAGCUUCUAAAAAGCUCCUCAUGAGGAAAGCCAAAGUUCUUUUAAGCCAGAAGGGAAAGACCGCACAGGCAACCCCUCCAAGAACAAGACCUGCCUUUCUUUUCCCACCAAAAGAAGAGACACCCCGAAUGCUUAAAAUUCUUUUGGAAAACACAGGGAAGGUGGACCUUGGAAGACUCCUUAAAGGAAAGAGACAACAAACCUCUGAGAAAUAAAGAUGAAAGUUCCAACGGAAGAAAAAGAAGAGGAAAAGAAUAUGAAGAUAAAGGAGCAGAGUUAGUAGGAAAAAAACAAAAAACAAAAAGCAAAACACAAAACAAAACAAACAAACAAAAAAACACUGGACAGGUCCAAAGGCACAAUAAGUACUAUUUCAGUGGAGGAAAUGCCCCAGUCAAUUAAGUCAAUUUUUUUCCAAGGGACCUGCCUAUCAAUCAUUCAUCAGCAACAUGGCUCCUGCUACUGAGACUGGGGAAGAGAUUCUGACUAUCAAAGUCAAAGAAAAGGCUACGCAAUAAGUGUUUAAUUAUCUUUAAAUGUAAUCUAGCUCAUUCCCAAAGAGAUUCCAGGAAAGUGUAGUUUAAAUUAAUGAAGGAAACUAACCUCACUGGGACCCUGGGAAACUCCAGGCAAAUCCUUAGCUUCAUUUCCAGGAGUUUGUAUUCAUCAAGAUUAUUAAAAGACCAUCCUCUUAUCCACUGUCAGCAGAUUUGAGCAAUUGCUAUUUCUUUUAAAUGUCUGCAGUAGAUGAUUUUUUUCUUCUUUCCUGAUGAGGUUUCCUUGUUUGGUAAACUUGAUUUUAAUGCUAUUGUGAUUUACUGUCCUUUCUGCUUACAUUUUUGUGGUACAUAAUUUCUGGCAAAACACUUUGGUCAAAUGUCUAAAGUAGACUCUUCUGUCAUCUUACUUCUUAUAUAUAGUAAAAGGGUGUGAAAUUUUAAUAAAAUAGGUCAUAAAUCAAGUGCUUUCUAUUUAAAUAAGGGUAUUGAGUCAUGCAAUUUAGCACCUGACGUUGACACAGGCUGACAUCAUGAAACUGUCUAAUGAGAACUCUGAUUCUCACUCAACGCCAAUGUCAGUUAGCAAGAUUAGCAAGCACGUAGACAAAAGACCAAAUCGAAAGCAAAGUUUCCAAAUAAAAUUUAAUGUUUUCCCUCAUUAACUAACUUAAAGGACAUCAGAUUAACUCUGCUGGACCAACAGAUGCAGAGCAGAGUCAGGCUGUCUCCAUUUUAAUUCAGGCUAAUGCGACAUUUACCAGAAUCUUUCUUAAACAGUUGCUUCCUUCAAAAAGCUGGUACCAGAUAGGAAUUUCUAUUGCUUAAAGCUUUAGGAUAAAGUGAUAAGAUUAGGAAUGCAUACUGUAUACAUCAGAUCCACAGAUCCUCAUAGUUAUCAGGACUAUAUGUACAACAGUUUACAAAACCUUCAAAUUAGUUGAGUGUACUUCAGGAAGUUGUCCUGAGGCUUCACUUAGCACUGAGACAAUUACCAAAGUUGCAUGCUGGGAAGAAGCCAAAACUCUAGGCUGGUAUUGAAAGUAAUCAUACACACAAAAUUUCCUUCUAAUGCAUGCCAUUAGGAUAUAAUGUUGAAUUCUAUGUAAUGCUGCUGUUUCCAAGUCCCAGAAGAAGGCUAUUGUAAUGGCACAUUGCAAAGAAGAGUUCAAUAAAUUAUAUUUACUCAAAACUUUACAAUAUGGAUGCAUUUAACAUGCUUUGAGAAAAUCAGAAAUUGUUUUCUAAAAGGUAUUGUUUGAUAGAGUUACCAUUUAAGUUUUGGAGAAGGUUGGUUGAUACUUUUCAUAAUUGGAAGGAAUAUGAUCAAAUUUUAAAAUAACAGUUAAUAUCAUGAACAACAGAUCCUGGAAAGAAAUUGCGCUUAUAAAAGCUAAAUGACUGAUUAGCAAUUCAAUAAUUGUGGAGGGUUUGGAAUGGUGCACAUCCAGAUCCUAAUUACAAACUGUCUGGGCUACCUUAGCCUCCGUGAUACCCAUUCACUACCCACCUCUGGGUCUGACCUAUUAUCCUUAUGGGUAUUACGCAAAUCCCUUUGGGAUGUAUGAAUAGGUUCUUUUGCUUCCACAAGCCCCAAAGCUAAGAAUGUGGUUUGAUAGUACCUAGGAACGUCAACAGAGAUUCCCCUCUUCCGUUGUAAUCAAUGUACCUUAUAUACUCAGUAAUGUAUGUGAAAAGCAUGUUGAUUUACAACUUUCUUUGUUAUGUCACUAUAAAAAUUUCAUAAACUACUGCCACCUUGGAAAAUAGAAUUUGAGGUGACCUAUACCUGGGGCCUGGGACCUCAUAUUUCCCUCCAGAAUAAAUCCAUCUCUUACCCUUUUAACACAAGACUUGUGUUUUUGCAUUGACAAUAUGUAGGAGUUAGGGUACGUAAAAGUGAUAUCGGAA